AUGGCCAAAAAGAAGACUCAAAUCAAGCCGGCAGGCAGGAAGGUCGUCGCACAACUGGAGCUGCCAGACCCCGUACCACCAACCAAGUCGAAGAGAGCGCAGAAGCGCGAAGAAGCCAUGUCACAGAAGGCACCCACUUCAGUCCCAGCACCAUCAGUCGCGCCAUCUGAGCAGGACGUAGCUCCUGCUGUCGCUCAAGGCCUGCCGCCCAGUCUACCACAUCUAUCGGCAUCCAAAAAGCUCACGUCUCCAAAGCAUCCCUUCGGAGUGGCGCUGGAGAAGGAGAAGGAGAGACAGCGCAUGCUAGAGGAAGACGAGAUUGACAGUGAGGCUGGCCCAGUGAAGCUCAUGGCGCAGUUCGGGACCAUCCUGAUGCGAUACGAUGAGCAGGACUGGAAGAAGUUGACAUACCGCGUCCACGAUCCAUCCGAUCUCCAAGCCAGCUUCAGAAAGAACGCCGACUUCCUCAAGUCUGACUUCCUUAAUCGUCUGACGACUUCCACCACAGAUGCCACGUCUCUCAUACAUCUCGCUCGUGGCCAAGAAACACCGGAGCUGGAGACCGAUACUCGCUACGACAUCUUCGUUCGCGACACGGCUGGCGUCCUACUUAAGCUCACAGUCGAUGCUUCCCGUAAGUCUGCGUACUCCAUUAAGAAGUUAGACCGUAUUGUCGGAGAAGCACUGUCGCAUUUUCCCGUCCACGUCUGGGACGCCCGCUUCCUUAUCGUCGAACUUGGUCUCGAAAGCGAGACAACCUCCUUGGCCCAUAUCAAAAAUUUCAUCAUGUCAAUUGAAACCGACCAAAAGGCUCCCUCUUUUCGAGCGCACGUCCCUCUCGGCAUACGCAUCGAAGUAGUCUUGGCCAAGCGAAGCUUCGCCUUCCACAUCGACGAGAUGAGAUUUUCCGCCACACAAGUCCAAAGUCUGUGUCUGGAGAGUAUGGACCGAAAGCACAAUUUCCGUGCUCUGGCUCGUACGGAGGAGGAUAUGAUUGCUGAGCAGCGACUGUGGUGGGAAGUUGGAUGGGAGACGUUUGAUUUGGAGAAGGCGGACUAUCUGCAGGCCAAAGUCAAUGAGAUGGUGCCUCAGAUGGAUGCCGUUGGAUUAGAGAAUAAGGGACCGUUUGUUCGGCUGGAGGGCUACGAGGAAGCUCAGGGGCUCGAAGUGCCGGAGAUUCCCUUUUGGUAG